ACAAGUAAAAGCGAGUUCGAUCACUGUGGCACCGAGAAAUCAUCGGAAGCGGAAUAUCUUUAUUAGUUCCAGUAUCAAGCGUUUCUGAUCGGUACGAUGGCAUCAUCCAAUACGGGUGGCGUUAGGCCUAUGACCAUCACAGGUCGUAUGGUCCGUGAACGGGAGCGCCUGCUCAACAUGACUCCGGAAGAGCGCGCCUGGCGAGCGCAAUGGCUAAAGGAUCAAGUGUUGUCCCACAAUGAACCCCGUUACGUUCCUGAAUACUGGAAAGAAAGGCUAAACCCGAUUCGCCGCGCGUAUCGCGCUCCAUUGGACGUGGUUCAAAAAGUGUUGACACCAGUUAUGGGUAUGGACUGGGCUCAUGCUGUGCGCUAUUGGACAGGAAAAACGGCGUUAGCAGCAUUUGCGAUAUAUGCUACUGCAUACUACUUCAAAUACAAUCAAAAUGAUUGGACCCGAAAAGGUGGCUGGCGCGUAAUUCAUUCUAGGAAAGCUGUAGUUCCUGGUGAUGAAGGCUAUCCCAAUUUUCCCCAACGCUCUGGUCCCGAUGAUUAUGCCAACCGCGGUUUCAAGAAGUCACCGAUUUGAACCUGACCAAAUAUUGUUAGUUUCUGAAUAAACUUGAUUGAAUAUAUUGUGUAUUGGUUUGUCAAUAAA